AACGCCUUCGAAGAUUUUGAGGGACAACUGAUCCAGGAGGUGUUGAGCGAGCACAAAGGGGGUACAAAGGAUCAGCUUCUGACGGCGCUCCGCGACGGCAUGGACAAACACGGGCCGGAAGGGAUCCAGCGCGUCUACCUGGUGCACGAGGGCGCUAAAAACGCGACGCUGUUCGGGUGCCCGAAGCAGAGCUGCGGCUGGAAGCGCCAGGACAAGUAUCUGGUGAUGUCGAUCCGAUACCCGGCCAUCCCCUACAAGCACAACAACGAGAACUUCCAGCUGGCCGCCCACUCGCUGGAGCGGCGCAUGGCCGUGCUUGACGUCAUGCAAGGCAACGAGGAUUACUUGGAUGUCCUAGAGGUGCGCCUGGCUCAGGCCGGGUUCCACCUCACCAACCAGAACAUCAACGCCUGGCUGAUCUUCCGUGGUGGCGAGGGCCAUCUGACAAAGUUUACGCAGAUCCUCGAGCCGGGUGAG